GCAGCUCAGCAAAGAACAAGUCGAUUUCAUAUCACUACUUAAAAUCUAAUAAACUUACCAUAAAAAUGCGUUGCAACAAGUUUAUCUUCCAACUUAUGGCCUGUUUUGCGAUUAUUGAGCUUGUGCUCGGUUAUCCCCAAGAUCGUUUCACAUCAGCGGAACAGAUUCAAGAACUAAGUGAUGCCAGUGAAGGGGAUGCUCAUUCGGAGAUCUCUUCAAGCAGUGAAACUCUUAGAAAUCUAUACACAUACGAGCGCACACUGAGCAGAUUACGAAGAGCUCUGGAGGAGCUGGCCUAUGAGGAGGCGGCCGAUGACAUGGAGCUGGCCGAGAUCAAUGUUUUCCGGCCACUAUUCCGUUACCGAUCUCAGGUGGUGAAGGUGAAGAAUCCGCAGCAGCAGUUUGGCUAACUAAAUGCUUUAGUCUUAAGAUCAUCGCCUCAUCUAUUGAAAUUAAGACAUAUGCCAUUGAUAUCUUUUAUACAAACCUAGCCUGUUAAGAAGAAAUA